AUGGGAAACAGUUGUUGUCCGGGUUCCAAACCAACCUCGCAGCCUAUAUCUGCGCAACCUCGAACGACAGUGUACCAACCACCGCCUCCCCCGAACUUUACCCCACCAAUAAAUCCGCAUGUUCAGGUACCACCAACAAUCCAAACGCAAACCUCGCCAGUUUAUAUUCAGCAACUCUAUUCUCCUAUAAGUCAGCCUAUUAUAGUUUCACAUGGCCCAACUUCUCCAGUUCAACACUCAGCCGAUUUCCAACCAUCAAAUGUUACGAAUCAAAAUAAUAUAGUUUCUGAGGUUUAUGAAAUUCCACCUAAACCUCAAAAUCCACCAAGAGGAGAUGCAACCUGUUCAAAUUGUAGCAAACGCAAAGUAGAUACUGAUACUGACGGUUUCCCAAGCGAAUAUUGUAGUGAUGAGUGCCGUCGAGAAGCGCUUGCAUCAGGAUUUUUCACCCCAUGUUUACAAUGCAAAGAAUUUCCUCGAAUCACUGGAUCCGAAUUUUGUGGGUGGAAGAAGUGUAGAAAUCUACCAAUGUGUCUACAAUGCAAAACCAAUCGCGUCUUUCCACGAUCCCUUUGGUGCUCAAAAUCUUGUCGGGAUAAAACUCCUAAUUGGAGAAAUUUAAUAACCGAAAAGAGCAACCAAUUAUGUUUGAAUUGCAACCGAAACUACGUAUUAGCAGGUCAGGACUUUUGCGGAGAUCAAUGUGAACGCUUUGUUUGGAGUAAAGCAAACGGAGAAAAAUAUAAGGACAUUACGAAUCAGUUUAAAGCCGCUUGGAAGCACCGACAUAAAACCAUUCCCGAGAUUGAUUCGAUAUGGAAGAUAUACUGCACCGAAGAGAUGAACAAUAGAUAUAAUAAUUAUCGAGAAGAAGUUGAAAGAGAGCAUAAUUUGGCUGGCAGGCCUUUUCCAAAAGGAGAUGGAAGGCGUUUAAUGAGUGCGGGAAAUGAACAAAGGCGUUUUCAUGGAACAAAAAUGUCGUGUUUCAUUGGUUUAAAGAACGGGGAAAUUUGCAACGAUCAAUCUUGUUCUGUUUGUUGCAUCAUAAAAGAAGGAUAUAAACUUCGUUAUGUAGGGACCGGCACAAUUUCUGCCGCAUUCCAACGUUUUGGGAGAGGCAUAUAUUUUUCCGGAACCUCUUCGAAAUCUGAUGAUUAUAAUGAGGGUUCAUUAAAAAACUAUUUCAAGGAAAACUACAAAGUGAUGUUAUUGAAUAAGGUUGUAGUGGGUAAGGGACAUCCGUUAACAAAAGAUAACAUGACGUUAACUAGUCCGCCGCCUGGAUUUAACAGUGUGCUAGGGGAGCCCAGUGAAACCGGUAAUCUUAAUUAUGAUGAGGUGGUUGUGUAUAGGGAGGAAGCGUCCCUUCCACAAUACUUGAUUGUUUAUAAG